GUUAUUCCGCAACAGUAUUUAGGUUCGAGAAGCCACUGCUUCUCGGGAGACAGUGCUCGAGGUUCUCUCGCCAUGUGGAAUCGGCCGCGCGAUAACAUUCACGUAGAGUUCCGAGAGUUUACGCGAAGUUCACCUCGAGCUUGAGGUUCUAAUUGCGUUCCCUGCCGAAUCGCUUGCGUGCGUAGAUCCACUGCACGGUGAUGGAAUUUAGACUCGGUAGCAUGUGGGAUUCUCAGUGCUUGAUGCUUCUUUUCUGGUCUUUGAGCGUGGUUUAUUCCGUCGGAGGACAUCUGAAUCAUGACGGCGAAUCUUCGAUUCGACACUCGACCGGAGGAUCCAGCCCACACGCCGACGGCUCGGGUCCAGCAUACAGUUCCAUCGAGCUGACGCAAAUACCACACUGGUCUGGAAAUUUCGCUGUGAGCAACGCCACCAGGGAGAUUUACCUCCCAGCCGGAAAAACAGUGGAGGAUACCGCGCCGAUGAAGCUUCUCCACGAAAAAUAUUUCCAGGGCGCACCCGCACCAGGUCUUAAAUUCCCGACGAAUGGUAUCGUUGAGUACAUGCGAUUGGGGCAGGGGAUUCGUAGCCUGGAGUUCCGCAAGUUGGAACCUGGGAUGUUUCAUUUCGAAUAUGAAAUCCUCGGGCAAGGCAAAGAUACUUCUGGAAGGUGGACAGUAUACGCGGUUCCCUCGUACCGUGUUCGACGAGACUCAUUCUUCAGACAGGAAAUCGAACUACCGAAGUUCAAUUUCGAAGAUGAGGUCCUAAUUAAAUCGACGAUGGAGAAUAUUGGGGUCGAAGUUCGCCCGCACAGGAGAUCUCUCGCCGUCUUCGGCCUCGCAGGACUGAGCGGAAAUUCGAUCACUCUGAGCAUCCAAUUGACGUCUUCAGCUCCUCGGAAAGUUUAUCGGCUGAUUAUUCGGCUUUUGGUCGAGGAGCACCAAGAGCCCGUCGGAGAGGUCGAGAACAUACAGUUCUGGGCUAAGGACUUGGGCACUCUCGGCAGUCGCGUGAAACUGGCGGAGUGCGUUGCCAAAGGAUACGGAAAAGGGCUUCCUGAUUUAGUCCAUGCAAAAUUCGAAGAGCGGGGCAAAGGAGUCACCUCAUUCACGAGUCAAUUGUUCAAGGUGGCCGCCACACCUACGGCGGAACGAAACCUAUUCGUCCGACAUUAG